GGCGAAUAAUCGUGGUGCCCCGGGGAAGGCUUUCCCAUGAAAGUGUCCCUCGGUAACGGAGAAAUGGGCGUCUCCUCCCAUCUGCAGCCUUGCAAGGCCGGAACCACUCGCUUCUUUACCAGCAAUACUCACAGUUCGGUGGUAUUGCAAGGGUUUGAUCAGCUGAGAAUAGAGGGGUUGCUCUGUGACGUGACCCUCGUUCCGGGGGAUGGCGAUGAGAUCUUCCCCGUGCACAGAGCAAUGAUGGCGUCCGCCAGCGAUUAUUUCAAGGCCAUGUUCACAGGUGGAAUGAAAGAGCAAGACCUGAUGUGCAUUAAGCUCCACGGGGUGAACAAGGUUGGCCUGAAGAAGAUUAUUGAUUUCAUUUAUACCGCAAAGCUGUCUCUUAACAUGGACAAUCUUCAGGACACGCUUGAAGCUGCCAGCUUUUUGCAGAUUUUGCCGGUCUUGGACUUCUGUAAAGUCUUUCUCAUAUCCGGAGUGUCUCUAGAUAACUGUGUUGAAGUUGGACGAAUCGCCAACACCUACAACCUUAUAGAAGUGGAUAAAUACGUCAAUAGUUUUAUCCUGAAGAAUUUCCCUGCAUUGUUGAGCACCGGGGAGUUUCUGAAGCUCCCCUUUGAACGGCUUGCCUUUGUGCUUUCCAGUAAUAGCCUAAAGCACUGCAGUGAACUUGAACUCUUUAAGGCGGCCUGUCGCUGGCUGAGACUGGAAGACCCGCGGAUGGAUUAUGCUGCAAAAUUAAUGAAGAAUAUUCGAUUUCCGCUGAUGACACCGCAGGACCUCAUCAAUUACGUGCAGACGGUAGAUUUCAUGAGAACGGACAAUACCUGUGUGAAUUUGCUUUUGGAAGCCAGCAAUUACCAAAUGAUGCCAUAUAUGCAGCCAGUGAUGCAGUCAGACAGAACUGCAAUUCGGUCUGACUCAACUCACUUGGUUACAUUAGGAGGAGUUUUGAGGCAGCAGCUUGUUGUCAGUAAAGAAUUAAGGAUGUAUGAUGAAAGGGCUCGAGAGUGGAGAUCUUUAGCUCCCAUGGAUGCCCCUCGUUACCAGCAUGGCAUUGCUGUUAUUGGAAACUUCCUUUAUGUAGUCGGUGGACAAAGUAAUUAUGAUACCAAAGGAAAGACUGCCGUUGAUACAGUUUUCAGAUUUGAUCCUCGGUAUAAUAAAUGGAUGCAGGUUGCAUCCUUAAAUGAGAAGCGCACGUUCUUUCACUUGAGUGCUCUCAAAGGACAUCUGUAUGCCGUUGGUGGUCGCAGUGCAGCUGGGGAACUGGCAACUGUUGAAUGUUACAACCCAAGAAUGAAUGAGUGGAGCUAUGUUGCAAAAAUGAGUGAACCCCACUAUGGUCAUGCUGGAACAGUGUAUGGGGGCUUAAUGUAUAUAUCAGGAGGAAUUACUCAUGACACUUUCCAAAAUGAGCUCAUGUGUUUUGACCCAGAUACAGACAAAUGGACACAGAAGGCUCCAAUGACUACAGUCAGAGGACUGCAUUGUAUGUGCACAGUUGGAGACAAGCUCUAUGUCAUUGGUGGUAAUCACUUCAGAGGAACAAGUGAUUAUGAUGAUGUUCUAAGCUGUGAAUACUAUUCACCAACCCUUGACCAGUGGACACCAAUUGCUGCUAUGUUAAGAGGUCAGAGUGAUGUUGGAGUUGCUGUCUUUGAGAAUAAAAUCUAUGUUGUAGGUGGAUAUUCUUGGAAUAAUCGUUGUAUGGUAGAAAUUGUCCAGAAAUAUGACCCAGAAAAGGAUGAGUGGCAUAAAGUUUUUGACCUUCCAGAAUCACUUGGUGGUAUUCGAGCUUGUACGCUCACAGUUUUCCCACCUGAAGAAAACCCCGGAUCACCUUCUAGAGAAUCACCUCUUUCAGCACCUUCAGAUCAUUCUUAGGACUGAAGUGUAAUAUGUUUGCUGUGCAUUGUGGAUGAUCUCAAACUUUCCCUUGAGUUAGGUCUUAGAACAGUUAUUAGGUAAAAAGGUAGCAUACUGUAUGUUUAUUAAGUGGUUACUAACUAUUCUGAAAAUGUAUUGGCUAUAACCAGUUAUUCUGACAAAUGUUAAAAACGUAGAAAAAUGUUAGUUGUCUUUUUGUGGUGGUGUGUCAAAUUGUAGUUGAUGGUAAUAAAUGUCUAAUUAUGGUCAUUGUGCUUCAAAGUUGGAAUUUUUUAUCUUUGUAAAAUAUCAAAAGAAACUAUGUUCCAACCUAAAAUGUAAACAAAAGGCUGCCAAGUGUUAGCUACCGUCCUUUAUUCAUAGAGUUUUUAACAUAGCUGCCAAUUCACCAGAUUGUGUGAGUACAUUCAAAAUAUGUGAAGUUUCUUAGGGAAACAGGAGAAAUAAUACAUUUUUAAAAUACUAAAAUA